AUGCAACUGGAUGCGCAGAUGAGGGCAGUAAUUUUGGGGACAGCGCUAAUGCUCGUUUUGCAUGAGGUGUACCCCGACAUUCGAAAUGCUCUGGCAGCUUCACUUCUCAGGAUUGAACCUGAUGAAACACUGCAUAGUACUUUAGGCCUGGCAUAG